AGAAAGCAGGAAGUGAUGGCUCUGAAUUGGCAAUGAAGCAAAGCAUAUCUGGCUUAAAAUGUAUAGUAAUGUGUAUGGCUUUCUCACAAUAUCUCAUAAUUUAUAUCAGUUGUUUGCUUCUGGAUACAAAGCAGGCCCACUCACCAUGAAACACAAGAUAACAUCUUAUGAAGACUAUGACUAUUUAUGUCCAAAAUGCUCUUUUUCCUCACAAAAAGCAGCAGUGUGUUCUACACAGCUGCAUUUGGUUUAAAAACUUCAUAAUGUCCAACAUGCAGGAACAUUAUAUUAUUGUGAAAUAUUGUCAAUACAGUUACUUCUGAUAUUGCAAGACUGUGUCAAAGUAUCGGGGGAGUGGAUCUGUUAUCAGUGGUCUGGUCAAAGUGCACACAGUGGCUGUCAUGAACUAGUGAGACUUCAUUCAAAUACACUGGCGAUAGAGACUACAGAAGUCUGUGAGGAUCCCAGCGGCUAACUGCCGUGCGUUAAUCCUGCAUAACGCACAAGUAGUUCGGCAACAGCCAAAUCACUGUUCUAUAUCACUGCUCUGCACGACAUCACUAUAGCAACAGAAAUGGCAAAAGAAAAAACUCAGUGGAAAGAGCUGAUAGAGGCUCUAAGUGUUCUCCAGUGGGUGCUAACGUUUCUGUUCCUAGGGUUGUCAUGCACUAUUUUGAGCAUCUACCUUAUGUUUACGUCUCUGUGGCCACUAGCUGCACUGUCCUUUAUGUGGCUGGUGAUGGAUUGGCAUACCCCUGAAAAAGGCGGGAGGGGAACCAUGUUUGUAAGAAAGUGGAAGGUAUGGGAGCACUUCAGAGACUUUUUUCCAAUAAAGCUAAAAAAGACAGCAGAAUUGAGUCCAAACAAGAAUUACAUUUUGGGUUGUCAUCCACACGGCAUUAUGAGUGCUGGAGCCUUCAGCUGCUUUUCCACAGACAGCUGUGGGUUCACAGAGCUGUAUCCCGGUGUACGCUCCCGCCUGGCCAUCCUGGCGGGUCUCUUCAGGAUCCCACUGUUUAGAGAAUACAUCAUGUGUGCAGGCCUUUACCCUGUCAGUAAAGCCAGCCUCAUACACCUCCUUUCAAAGAGUGGCAAAGGCAAUGCAAUAGUUAUUAUCAUAGGGGGUGCUGCAGAGUCACUGGCAUCUUCUCCUGGAGCCAAUACAGUGGUAAUAAAGCAGAGAAAAGGAUUUGUCAAAGUGGCCCUGGAAUUUGGGGCUGACCUGGUGCCUGUGUACUCCUUUGGAGAGAAUGAACUCUUCAAACAAGUGAUUUUCACAGAGGGCAGUAUCAGCCGAAAAUUACAAGAUCUGUUUAAAAAGGUCAUGGGCUUUGCCCCGUGUUUAUUUGUUGGUGAGAAAUUUGCCUUUCUUCCUUAUAGGAGGCCAGUCACUACAGUUGUGGGAAGUCCUAUCUCAGUGCCAAAGCGUGCAUCCCCCACAGAUGAUGAAGUGGACCAUUAUCACAAACUCUACAUGGAGGCUCUGACAAAGUUAUUUCAUGAGCAUAAAGUCAGCUGUGGUCUCGCAGAGAGUCACAAGCUGCUACUCAUUUGACCGAGUUCUGAUUCAAUAGACCACACACACUGGACAUGCCUCAAUAUUGUUUCUAGAUGUUCUUGUACUUAAUUACGCUGACCAAAAUGCAUUGGUAAAGUAUUGCCUGUAAACCAUCA